AGGACCCUGAGGUCAUGACUGGAGCCAAAGGCAGACACUUAACCGACUAAGCCAGCCAGGUGCCCCAAAAGGAUGUUUUUAAAAGAUGAGAUAUAAAAAUAUGUUUUUAUGACAUUGAAAAUGCCAGUAAAGCCAAUGGCUACUAAUAUCAAGUGGGCACUUAUUGCUACUGAGGAAUAGUACUAUAUUUCCUUAAUCCAUUCACUCUCCGACAUUCCUAAAUAACUCUCAUUAGAAUCUCAGAUGCCAUUGGCUAUAAAAUACAUAAAUAUUUCGCAUACUCUAAAAAAGAAAAAAAAUGCUGCCGGUUAAACUAUGGCAUGCCAACAUUUGUAAGAAAGCAAUUUCGCAGAUGUUGAAAUAUGAAAAGUGUAUUAGAAUCAAUGUAAUACUGUAUUUCUGUUCUCACCUCAAACCUCCAAUACCUUCUCCCUAUCUACAUUUUCAGCUUCCUAUUUCACUGAGAAAAUGGAAGCACUCAGAAAAGGACAUCCUGAUUCUCCCACCACCAAAUCUGUAUGCCUAUCUGCCUCUGUAGCUAUAAAUUCUGGCUCCCUUUUUAUUUCAAUAGAUUAAUGGUCCAUACGCACAACUGAUCCUUCCAAUGUGUACUGGAUUCCAUCCCUUUUCUCAAGGACUUUCUUCCUGCAACUGUCCCAUGUCUCCCAUAUUGUCAUUUUCCCCUUCUCCGGUAUCAUUUUAAUUAGCAUACAUACUAUAAUUUCUUCUAGCUUAAAAAAAAAAUCUGGACCCCAAAUCCAUAUGCAAUGACAGCUUUCUUUUUCUACUCAUCUUUAAAAAACCAAACUUCUUAAAAGUACUGUCUAUAUUUGCUUUCUACACUUCCUCUCUUCCCAUUCUUUCAUCCCACUCUUAUCAGAUUCUUAUCAGAUUUAAUCAAACUUCUACUACCACACAAAACCGGCACGUUUUAACAGCUUCCACAAUCCAAUGGUCAAUUCUUAGUUAUUAUCUUACUUAUCACUAGCAUUUAACACAGUGGAUCACUCUCCACCUCUCGAAACAUUUUCUUCCCUUGAUGUCGCAGAUCCAAACUCUUCUACUUUUAAGUCUGUCUCACACAUUAUCGCUUCUUCGUCUUCUUUCUUGGGUCCUCUUCAUCUCCGUUGUAGGGACUGAAGCUGGCGCAUUGCUAGAAGAAACUAAACUAAGGGUAGAUUAUUAUCUUACACCGCUGAUUUAGAUUUUCCAGUUCUUAAAAAUUCUGAUGUCUUUUAUAUUUUUUAACGAAAAUGAUAUAUACACCUCCCUUUUAUAAAUGGGCUCCGCUCUCAAGGAAGCCUCAGAGAAACCAACCCAGGAAUCUCUCCGCAAAGAGGCGGAUGCUUCUGACGCCUUCCGGGAACGAGGUCCACAGGCCUUAUAGGAAAUGUAGUUCCCUAUGAAUGGCCUGCACCGCGGAGGGACCUGGGAACCUGGGAGUCAGUUACUCCCGCACACGCGCAGUGGGGCGGUAGCCGGUAUUCCGUAAUCUCCCAACCUGCCGCGAGGGAGGUGAGAGCCGAGUCUCUAGGAGAGCUCUGUAACCUGAUCUCUUAGAAGCAAAUUUGGGAGCGUGACGGGAAAAGGCAGGUAGAGAUGACUGUGUAGGAAUAUGUGCAUCAAGCUGUACCUUUCCUGGUUACAAGAACAUCAUUGGCCCUGCCAGAGCCUGCAAAAGAACCACCGGUAGAGUUUGGUGCUUAUAAAAUAUGGACUUUUCUGACGUCUCCUAGAAUCAUCGUUCUCCCACUAGGUGACAUUUACUGAAGCUGCAGUAUCUCUGUGUAAGAGCUGCAGAAAAUGAUCAACUUCCAGGGAUCAGUGACAUUCCAGGAUGUGGCUGUGGACUUCACCCCAGAGGAGUGGCAGCUGCUUGACUGUGAUCAGAGAACCUUGUAUUGGGAUGUGAUGUUGGAGAACUUUAGAAACCUCAUCUCAGUGGGGGGCCCAGUUACCAAAACAAAAGCGAUCUUCAAGGCAGAGCAAGGACAAGAGCCGUGGAUGGGGGAGAGAGAGAACCCACGUUGGCGCUAUCCAGAAGCAGAUUGCCUACAUGUUGAUGAAUCAGAGAAGCACCAGGAAAGCAAAGACAACUUUUUGAAUUCAGUUUUGUUCACAUUCAAUAAAAUUCUGACUAUGGAGAGACUCCAUGGUUAUAACAUGAGCACAAGUCUUAAUUCUACAAGAAAAAAAUCAUAUAAAUGUAAAUCAUAUGGGAAGAGAUUGCAACCUACUUUAGACUUACUUAAUUAUAAUAGAUGUUAUACUGGAGAAAACUCAUAUGAAUGCACUGAAUGUGGGAAAGCCUUCAAAAAGAAGUUUCAUUUCAUUAGACAUGAAAAAAAUCAUACAAGAAAAAAACCCUUUGAAUGCAAUGACUGUGGGAAAGCCUAUAGCAGGAAGGCUCACCUUGCAACUCAUCAGAAAAUCCAUAAUGGAGAGAGACCCUUUGUGUGCAAUGACUGUGGGAAAGCAUUUAUGCAUAAAGCACAACUCGUGGUCCACCAGAGACUCCACACUGGAGAGAAGCCUUACGAAUGCCAUCAGUGUGGGAAGUCAUUCACCUGGAACUCUUCCUUUACCCAACAUGUGAAAUCGCACACACUUGAGAACUCGUUUGAAUGUAAGGAAUGUGGGAAAACCUUCAGGUAUAGCUCAUCCCUUUAUAAACAUUCUAGAUUCCAUACAGGAGAGAAACCCUACCGAUGUAUUGUCUGUGGCAAAGCCUUUGGUAACACAUCUGUGCUUGUUACACAUCAAAGAAUUCAUACAGGAGAGAAACCAUAUGGGUGUAUCGAAUGUGGCAAAGCCUUCGUCAAGAAGUCCCAUCUGCUUAGACAUCAGAUAACUCAUACAGGAGAGAAGCCCUAUGAAUGCAAUAGGUGUGGGAAAGCAUUUUCCCAGAAGUCAAAUCUUAUAGUCCAUCAGAAAAUUCAUACAUAAUAUCCACGUUGUGAAUAUGACAAAGGCUUAAAUAUUAGAUAAAUCUUACUAAACAAAAUUCAGAGUGAGAAAUCCUCCAUUUUGAAUGUAUUUGAAAGAGUAGAUUCCUGUAAAAAAGAAUCCAUGCCAAUCAUAUUCUGGAAGUGAUAAAAAAAGUUUUUACAGAAAAUGUCACAGAAAACAUUGAUUUAUAAAUAAUAGAGCAUAGAGCUUAGAAAGUAAGCAUAAAUUAAUCAAGAAUCAGUGAAAACUAUACUUAUCUCUGAUUUUUAUUUUUAUAACUAUAGAAUUAUACAAGUGUGAGUAUAAAAUAUGCUUAUGUAUUACAUUAAAUUAUAUCAAUCAAGGGUGAAGUACAUGUCAUUUUUCUUCCAAUCCUAACGAAAUGCAAGUGAAAAAAUGUUUAAUAUGAAAUAUGAAUUUCAGUAAUAUUUUUAUCCAUUUGCUGGCACUUUUAAUGGGCAAAGCAGGGUUAUUGAUCUGUCUCCUCUAGUUAUAAAGCUUGUUAUAAAAACGUUUUCCUAUGUAUGUAAACAGCAAAACAACCAAUUUAAGACAUCAUUUGAGAGGGCAAAGCAGUUGUAUUCUGUAUUACAAUAAGUAUUCAGUUGAGAAGAAUAAGUAUUUAAAUAAGUUUGUAUAUAAAACAUUGGCACUUCAAAUAUUCCUGUUCUUUUUCAUCGGUGUAUCUACGUAAGAUGUGAGUGUAGCUCGAGCAGUGUCUGUUGGGUACCAUCUGUAUUUGAUUUUAAUAAGUAGGGUGUCAUGAUACUUUGCAACUUUUGGGGAGUGAGUUUUUGUGUCUGUUUUUGUUUUCUUGUAAGAAAUUGAUACAGGUUUAGCUCUUAGGGAGCUAAGUGGAAUUGUCCUUGUGACAGCAUAGGCAGCAUUAAUCAAGUUGAAAAGAGCCAGUUUCUCUGCUUAGCAACUUCCCUCUGGAGUGUGACAUGUAAGUUACACAUAUUCCCUUAAAAGGACGAACCACCCAUUAUUUAAGCUUGAGUUUUUAUUGCUGUCCACAGUGUUCCUUGAUAAUGUCAAAAACCUUUAUGCCUUCUUGAGUGGUGACAAAACAACCUGAACCUAAAUUUGGAUAUCAUGCCUUUUCAAGUUUAAGCUAAGUUACAACUCUGUUGUGUUGUUUUUCUUCCAUUAGCCAUUUUUGAAGAGUAAUGUUGAGUAAUCAUUAUAAAUGAAUGAUAGUACUUUUUUGGUUUUUUUGUUUGUUUGUUUUUCUCAUUAAACUUGUUUUUUAAUGGGUCUCAAAAUUCUGUGACAGAUUUUUGGUCGUUUCCAUUAAAAAGUACUGAUUUUAAAAACUAAUAACUUAAAACUGCCACACACACACACACACACACAAAAACAAAUGGUCCACAAAACAUUCUCCUUUCCUUCUGAAGGUUUUAUGAUGCAUUGCUAUCAUUAACCAGUCUUUUACUAUUAAACUUAAAUGGCCAAUUGACACAAACAGUUCUGAGACCGUUCUUCCACCACUGAUUAAGACUGGGGUGGCAGGUACUGGGGAUAAUAUUCAUUUAGCCUUCUGAGCUUUCUGGGCAGAUUUGGUGACCUUGCCAGUUCCAGGUGCCUUCUUGUCCACCGCUUUGAUGACACCCACAGCAACUGUCUGUCUCAUGUCACGAACAGCAAGACGGCCCAGAGGAGGAUAGUCAGAGAAGCUCUCAACACACAUAGGCUUGCCAGGAACCAUAUCAACAAUGGCAGCAUUACCAGAUUUCAAGAACUUGAGACCAUCUUCCAGCUUUUUCCCAGAACGACGAUCUAUCUUCUUCAGCUUAGCGAACUUGCAAGCAAUGUGAGCUGUGUGACAAUCCAGCACGGGUGCAUAUCCAGCACUGAUUUGGCCUGGAUGGUUCAGGAUAAUCACCUGAGCCGUGAAACCAGAUGCCUCCAUUGGUGGGUCAUUUUUGCUGUCACCAGCCACAUUGCCAUGACGAACAUCUUCGACAGAUAUGUUCUUGACAUUGAAGCCCACAUUGUCCCCAAGAAGAGCCUCGCUCAGCGCUUCAUGGUGCAUUUCAACAGACUCUACUUCAGUUGUAAUGUUGACUGGAGCAAAGGUGACCACCAUGCCAGGUUUAAGAACACCAGUCUCCAUUCGGCCCACAGGGACAGUACCAGUACCACCAAUUUUGUAGACAUCCUGGAGAGGGAGACUCAGGGGCUUGUCAGUAGGACGAGUUGGUGGCAGAAUGCAAUCCAGAGCUUCAAGCAGUGUGGUUCCACUGGCGUUCCCAUCUUUACAGGUGACUUUCCAUCCCUUGAACCAAGGCAUGUUAGCACUUGGCUCCAGCAUGUUGUCACCAUUCCAACCAGAAAUUGUCACAAAUGCUACUGUGUCGGGGUUGUAGCCAAUUUUCUUUAUGUAGGUGCUGACUUCCUUAACAAUUUCCUCGUACCUCUUCUGGCUGUAGGGUGGCUCAGUGGAAUCCAUUUUGUUAACAACAACAAUGAGCUGUUUUACACCCAGUGUGUAAGCCAGAAGGGCAUGCUCACGGGUUUGCCCAUUCUUGGAGAUACCUGCUUCAAAUUCGCCAACACCAGCAGCAACAAUCAGGACAGCACAGUCAGCCUGAGAUGUUCCUGUAAUCAUGUUUUUGAUGAAGUCUCUGUGUCCUGGGGCAUCGAUAAUGGUCACGUAAUACUUGCUGGUCUCGAAUUUCCACAGGGAGAUAUCAAUGGUGAU